UAAUUUCAACAUUCUGUUUUAUUUAAUAGCAAUUUAUUUUAUUAAGUAUUUUAUGCAUUUGAAACAAUAUUGAAAAGUUGUUCAAAUUGAGGCAGUAGAUGCGGUGCGAUAAUGGAGAUAGAAUAGAGUCUGUGAACUAAAGCUUUGUUUUUUCUUUGCAUUGUUUUUUAUAAACUGAAAUUAUUAUUAUUAUACUAUUCGAAGUCACGUGAAGUGAUUGAUCGAAAAUUAAAAAUUCAACGUUAUGCAAAUAGAUACACAGCAACAAAACAAGCAACAAGUAUUAGUUUGGCGUGUUGAGUAUGUUAAGGCCCACAAAACUCAGAUGAUGGGGGUUAGACAGACAGUGGUAGGUUGAGUUGUGCGGUGGAAGGUUCAGUACAGCAAUUUUUUUUUUGUUUUUUCGCAAGCUAAAUGUGAAAGUUAAGAAAGAUUUACCAAAAGAGAAAGAUAAAUGUGUCUACAGUGAAAACUUCUGUUUCGUAUUGUUUGCUUUAGAUUGGUACCUUUAAAAUUGCUUAAAUGUGAUAUAUGAAUAGAGCCACUUUUCAUAGCAUUGUGUUUUAAAAAUGUGGAACCUAUUUCUUAAGAUCCAAUUUUUGUUUGUCGAAUAGUUCAAUGAUUAGUAUUUUUUGACUGUGUGAACACCCAAAUAAGUGGUGCAAAGUCAUAUAUACGAUUAUUUAAAGUUUUUAACAGUGCUAAUAGUCAUAAUUUUAAGUCAAAUAAAAGUCAACUAAAAAAUCAACAAAAUGAUUGGUAAAUGCUAAGUGGCUAUAAAAACUUUUUAAAAAAUAUUUGCAUAACACCUGUAAUGUAAAUAAUGUAAUGUAAUUUAAGAAAAUAAAUGAAAUAAUGACAAUUCAUAAGUUCACUGUACCAAAAUAUUACUUUAAAAAUUAAUGAACAUUUAAAAUGUAAGAGUGACUAUUCUCAAUUCUUUGGAAUAGAGCUUUUUUGCUGACUGAUAUAAACAAUCAAAUUGUAUUAAGCCGAAUUGAUGUCUUUAUAAGUUUUCUAACUACAAUUAUUAUUUAAGAGAAAUGUCUAAUCAAAGCGAUAGUGAUACAGAAGCUUCUCUUGAAGCUGAAAUUAAAAAUGCAAAAAUACAAAUAGUUCAAAAUAAGAAGCCAUCGGCUAAAACGAAAAAUGGAUUAGACAAAAAUGGAACCAUUUUUCCACCAGACGGAGGUUGGGGAUGGUUGGUCGCAAUAGCAGCUGGCAUAAGUUUUCUCAGUUCCAUGCCAUUACUUCUUCAAUUCGGAAUUCUGUUCAGACAACGAUUUACAGAACUCGGAUGGAGUAGCUCACAAAUAGUGACUUUGAUCAAUGCACAACAAGCAGCAUCAGCUAUUACAGGAAUUUUCAGUGUUUCACUGAACCGAAUAUUAACUUUCCGUCAAGUGAGCUUCGUAGGAGCCAUUUUGGUUUUUAUAGGCCUGAUGGCGACGUUAUUUUCAAAUUCAUACAUUCACUACUUUUUGUCAAUAACAUUUGUGUAUGGUUUUGGAAAAGCUUUCAUAUUCUCCAGUUCAACUCGUGCAGUAAAUUCUUAUUUUAAAACAAAACGAAAAUCCGCAAUGACUGUGAUGAGCUCCAUAGCCAGCUUGGGCCCAAUAUUUUUGCCAUUUCUUUCAACAUUUCUAAUGUUUCAAUAUGGCAUUACUGGCUCUGUUUUAUUUUAUGCCGGAUUUUCACUUCAUAAUUUUAUUAGUGCAUUCGUCUAUGAACCUGUUCGAAAGCAUGCAAAACGUCUUAAAGGAGAAAGACUUGCAGAAAAUCUACGAAUUUUACAUCUCGAAACACCUCCCAAGGGUCUAGAUUCAAAACUAAAUCUUCAAGAUUCGAAUGGUGCCAAUAAUGAACAAGCUUCAAAUGCUGAUAAAGCUGAUGCUCCACUUACCUAUAGCUUAGUUAUCGAGAAGAACAAUUAUUCAUCAAAUAAAUUAGACGCCUCUCCAGAGGAGAUGCAAUUUCUUCAAAAACCUCGAGAAGAGUUUGUCAAAGAAGUUGCUCCUUCGUCUCGAAAUAGGAUCGUUGACUACCUGCAUUUGGACCUAUUAAAGGACUUCACUUACUUUAACUUGGCUCUGGGUCUCACGGUCAUCGAAUUUACGGAAAACAAUUUUGCUUCAGUAUUACCCUUCAUACUUUCCGAAUUCAAAUUCACCAACAUCGAAAUUGCCACGUCUAUGUCCAUACUUGGAUCCUGUGAUAUGAUCAUGAAGUUUUUGAUUCCAUAUACAGUGGGGAAGUUGAAGUGUGACAAGCGAGUAAUUAUGAUCGUAAGUUGCAUGUUGAUUUGUGGGGCACGUGUUGUUGUUGGACAAAGCCGCAAAGCGCCAAUAGCUUUUGUGUGCUUCAGUGUGAUGGGAACAAAUAAGGCGAUAAGAGUGGCAUAUGGCAAUAUGAUUUUACCAGGUUAUGUUGCCCCAAAGAGGCUUUCAGAUGCCAUUGCAUUGGAACGAACUAUUAUGGGACUAUUUUCAUUGUUGGCGGCACCAAUUAUUGGUCUUAUACCCGAUGCAACAAGCUAUGGAUUUUUUGUGCUGAGCAUGAAUGGAAUGUGUGUUGUCGUUGCUCUAUUGUGGUUUGGUGAAGAUCUCGUGAGAUGGUGUUUCAGGAAAUUGCAGAAAUCGCCUCCAAAAGAACAAUCUUAACUAUUAAUUUAAUUAGAUUUUAGGUAUUCGUAUCAGAAUGUAAGACUUGAGAAAUGUGUAUAUAAAACGACUGAGCACAAUCUAAAAUAAAUCGAAUUUUUAUUGAGAGAUCAACAGAAAAGUACAGAUAACAAUUAAUAAAGAAAUCACUUAAUUAACAAACAACAAACUUGUGGGAGUGAUUGAGAAGGCUAUGGUUGAAGUUUAAAAAUUCGUAUGAUGUUUAGUACCAAUUUUCAUAUUGCAAUAUUUGUUUGAUGUUUUCGGGAAAAAUCAAAAUAUAGUUAGGACAGUAUUUAACGUUGUUAGGAAAGAGUAAUAGUGCUUUAAUAGUACAGUUGCAUUUUUUUACAAGAAUUCAAGAGAACUAAAAAUCCUUUUAAGAAAUUAGACGUACAAAAAUAAACGCAUUUUUAAAGAAGAAAAUAUGAAUGUUCAGGAAAAUUAAUAUUGGGUACAUUUCAUUUAAAGUAACUUUGAAUAGGUGAAAUGUAUACUUUUCUCAAUAUUUCAAGUUCUUUCUCUUGAUUAUGAUUGAUAUAUGUAAUUAAUUGUGAUUUAAAACAAAAAUUCAGAAGCAAAGAAUAUACAUUUACUGAUGGUGGCAGGUUAAAAUAAACUGGCUUCAGGUUAAUUUUAUUAUUUUCUAGAUUGUACAAGAAACACAAGUUUAAAUUCGAUAAAAUAAAAAAAAGUAAGUGAACAUUUUACAGGACAAAAUAAAAACUAAAUAAAAUUGCAUCAAAUGUUGAAUCGGUUUUUAUCUAUAGAACAUCUUCUUCUCAAAAAGUUACAUAUAUUAUUAAUUUGUUCUUGUCCUGCUAAUUUCAGAAAACUGAAUCUAACUUUACAUCGUGCAAAAGCUUUUAAAAGGUUUUAAUAAUGUAUCAGUUAAAGAUUUCAACACAAUUUGAUUGCUUUUUCAGUAAUUUGUAAUAAGUAACAUGUAACCAUUAUGAAAAAAGCAACCUAUGUCAAAAACAGCUGCAGCUCUUUUAAGAACUAUUUCUUUGCACUCUUAAACUUUUGUUAAGGUUACAUGUCGCUGUACCAACUUGUAGCUAUUCAUUUUCUUUUAAAAUUAAACAAGCACAUUUUUCUGAAAAUUCGAUGUCUUGAAAACGGUUCAAUAAAAAUAAAUCUUAGAUUAUUAAAACUUUAUUUUUUUCUCUUAUAUGAAUGCAUAUUAAAAUUUUUAUAAACGCUUAAAACUAAGACAGUUGACUACGAUAAUGAAGCGUUUAUAAAUAUAAAUAAAGAGUUGUCCAAUUUUUGAGACGUCAGCUUUUGUUUGCAUCUUAUUUCCAUAACAAUUGACAUGUCGAUAUUUUUGCAGUGGAUUUUAGUGAUCCAGGAUUUUCGGUUUUUUGAAUUUUGGGUCAUUGAGAUUUUGAGAUUCUUGUUUUG